CUUUGCUUUCCGCUUUCUCUUUGACAGCCAAUCACAAACAGCUCUCCUGAAUGGGCCGUCUCGCCAACAUGAACCGCCCCGCUGCAGUCGAGAUUACCUACGAGUGCAUGAGGUUCCUCAUCACCCACAAUCCUACCAAUGCCACCCUUAACAAGUUCACCGAGGAGCUAAAAAAGUUUUCAGUGCACACACUGGUGAGAGUGUGCGAAGCCACCUAUGACAAGGCCCCUGUGGAAAAGGAAGGGAUCCAGGUUUUGGAUUGGCCCUUUGAUGAUGGUGCCCCUCCCCCUACCCACAUUGUGGACGACUGGCUCAAGCUCCUCAAUACUAAGUUUCGAGAGGAACCUGGUUGCUGUAUCGCUGUGCAUUGUGUUGCAGGGCUUGGCCGUGCUCCGGUCUUGGUGGCCUUGGCUCUCAUUGAGAGUGGGAUGAAGUAUGAGGAUGCUGUUCAGUUCAUAAGGCAGAAGAGACGCGGGGCCUUCAACUCCAAACAGCUUCUUUACCUCGAAAAAUAUCGACCGAAAAUGCGUCUGCGCUUCAAGGAUCCCAACGGCCACAGCUGCUGCGUGCAGUAA